GGCCAAACAUUACUAUCCUCCUACACAGCUGGAUAGUUUCCACAGAGUGAGUGCCAGACACACAUACACACACACACACAACAAACACAGAGCAUCGGUCAGAGCAGCUCACUGUUGGACAUGGAAACUCCUCUCUCCUGAUCUCUUCUUAUAUAGAGACAGAGGUUUGCCUCUUCAGACUCAAAACACCUUCAUCAUCACCAUCAUCAUCAUCAUCAUCAUCUUACCCACCAUCCUCAUUCCUUCAAUCUGUAAGCAUCCUCCCAGAGAUCUAUGUAUCUACAUGGAUACUGCAAACAGCAGAAAGAACAUCAGCAUUGCAUGAAGACAAUGGAGAAAUGGAACAUCUCUGAUAUGCAAACAACAGACUUCUAAAAUCUCACUCUCCUGGAUCCUUCUCUUUCAUUUCCCGUGUAUCUGUUUUUCUUUCUCUCUUUCUUUCUUUAUUUCAUCUUCCAUUGCUCUAGCUUUCACCACCUCUUGCACAUCUCUCUCUUCCUCCCUCGCUACUCCCAAGUCGUCCUUGUUGCCAUGGCCACCACGGGCCUGCAGGUGCUGGGCGUGCUCCUGGCGGUGACCGGCUGGGUGGGCCAGGCCCUGGUGACCGCCGCCCCCUUCUGGCGCGUGUCGGCGUUCGUGGGCGGGGAGCUGGUGGUGGCCGAGGCCCAGUGGGAGGGGCUGUGGAUGAGCUGCCUGGUGCGCCCGGGCUCGGGCCACACCCAGUGCAAGAGCUUCGACUCGGGCCUGGCGCUGCCCGCGGGCACCCAGGCGCGCCGCGUCCUGGCGCUCCUCGCCCUCCUGCUGGGCGUGCUGGCGCUCGGGCUCUCCGUGCUGGGCAUGAAGUGCACCCGUUGCCUGGGCGACGGCGGAGACGUCGACAUCGGCGUGCGGGAGACCAAGGCGCGGCUGGCGCGGGUCGGCGGGGCGUUGUUCGCGGCCGCCGCGGUGGUGUUCCUGGUGCCCGUGUGCUGGACGGCGUACGCGGUGGUCAGGGACUUCUACGACCCGGCGGUGGCGCCGCCGCUCAAGCGGGAGCUGGGGCCCGCCCUCUACCUGGGGUGGGGCGUGGCCUUGCUCACGCUGGUGGGAGGGGCUCUGAUCAACGCGGGCUCGGCUCCGCCCACCGGAGGAGGAGUAGGCGGAGGCGGAGGAGGAAGGGGAGGGACCUCGGGAGGAGUGGCAGCUGCCGCCUACGGGGGAGGGAAGGGCAACCCGCAGCCCACGCCGCCCGAGGGGAAGAAGGAGAAAGCGUACGUCUGACGGAGUCCGAGAGGGAAGAAGAAUACGUCUAAGGCGGGGGGGUUGGAGGGCGGGUGGUGGAUGGUGGACAGGGGGACGGGGAAGGUGAAGUGGAUGAAGGUAUUCUAUGGUGCACGUCAGCAGAAGGUUACAGGAAGUGAUGCGUUAUGACUGUAGAGGUUGAAAGAACACAUUGGGGCUGAAUGAGGAUGUUGGUGGUUAUGUGUAUGGGAGGGAAAGGGACUGUAGAACACAUGUCACAGGGGUACAGGACACAUUUUAUGAGAAGGUGAGAGGAAGUGACGUAUUUCUUGUCGAGGUCAAAAGGUCAUAUUAGGCUAUUAGGCCGAGUGAGGGCAUUUAAAGGGUAAUGAUGGUGUAAUUAUUUGUAAGAAGGCCACAGAGGAAGGAAAGAGUAGACACCUGAGAAGGGGGGGGGUGAUUUGGAAAACUGGGGUAUUUCCCAUUUGACAGUUUGUGUAGUAUAAGUACAGAGGCUUGGUUUUGGGGGGGGGAGGGGUGGUUAUUUUCAGAAUGAUGGUUGACCUUAGGUGUUUCUUUUUUCCUCUUGGAGGCCAGAUAAAGAGUGCAUUUCAGGAUAGGCAGCGUCAGGGAUUGACUUAAUGGGAAGAGGAGAGAAACAUAAUGUGUGUGUGUGUGUGUAUGUAUGUGUGUGCAUGCACCUGCGUGAUUGCCUACUUAAAGUUAGGUUUGCGAUAAACAGUGUGGUGUACAUUGUAAUGACAGCAUUUUUUGUCAGGGUCAUGUGAUUAACAAAGUACAGCACUGAACUGGCAGCUUGUCAAAAUACAUUUUGUAAGUGUCAAGAAACAGCUCUCUUUUAUUUUUUGUUUAUUUGUUUUAGUGUGUGUUUGUUUGAAAGUGAUAUAACAAACACAAAUGCUUACAUUAGAAGCCUAAUCAUGACUAACAUUUGUAUUCAGUUACAUUUUGACAGUGUUAUUCAAUUACUGUACAUGUUCAAAAUGUUGUUAUAUUUUCAGUGCAUGUCAAACA